CGUCUCACGCAUGCGCAGCGGAUCACUCAAAAACAUUCUGGCGGUAAAAGCGAAAAGAGUGUCAACAAAGGAACAGACGCUACAAAAGAUACCGUGAUGUCCCAGAGAAGAGAUACAGUGUUUGUCUCAUCUUUGGGUAAAGGAGAUGGUUUACAUCAACAAGUUUUAGCAGCAUUCCCUCUGUGCCAGAUGACAGAAGGUGAUUUGAUCCAGAACCCUUUGUUCUGUAAAUUACUGGCAACUCUCUCCCAGCAUGUGGACAAAACCGGACUCACACAGCACCUCAGGAGAGAUCUUGAGAAGGCCGAGCGUGAGUUGCACACACAGAGGUUGGGUUGGCUGCGAGUGGAGAGUCUUCAUCGGGUUCUUCAAGAAAUCGUCCAGGAGCAUCGCUUCAGUAAAGACUCCAGUGCAGAGGACAAGUUCUUCAGCACAUUAGAGCAGUGUCUGCUGCUGGGUCAGUGUGUAAGACAGUUAGACUGCUGCUCUGAUCUCAGUGAGCAUCACAUCACUGUUCUGGGACUGUCUGAGGAGAGACUGAUGAGACAGAUGCCUCCUGAACAGGAGGUGUUACAAAUGAAUCAGAGGUUGCCAUCAGAACUUCUGAAACAUCUAAAGAAGAAGGCCAUUAAUAUGCUGUCAUACUAUCAGCCUGAGUGGGAGAAUGAAAGUGAAGGUCUCAGGAAUGUGAAGCUUUCUAGACUUCCUGAAUUUCUAGACAGCGAACAACAGAAAGCAAAGAGCCUUACUGAGAAGAACAGGGAGAACGGCACUUUACUACAACGACAAACUCAUGCUUACCUUUCUGAGCUGUUGAAGUGUAUGAAGAUCCUACAGUGUCUUAUUCUAGAUCUCAGACUGAAAGCUCAGAAAGAUCUGGACAGGAAGAAGAUCGAGUACUUUGAGGCCAAAUGUGAGAUCGGCUUGCAGAGGAUCAGGUUGGAGAUGCUUCAAGUUCAGCUUGACACCUACACAAAAGACAAGAUCGCUGCUCAUAAACGAAUUACGGAGAAGCUCAAUGCAGAGCUGAAAACUUCAGAAAUGGAGAAACAGGCAGUGGAGUCCAAGCUGUCGUCAUUUGAAAUCUAUGGCAAAGAUUUUGAGGCUCUUGUCGAGGAAUACUCGAGACUCCGACAGGAGAUCGCCACUAAAUCAUGGGCACUGAAAGAAUUUGCAACAUAAAUGGAGGAAAUAUCACUGGAAGAUGAGUUUGCUCAUUACUUAAAGGAACAGUUCACCACAAAAAUCAUUUUCUCAGCAUUUACUCCCGUUAUGCCGUCUCUAACCUGUAUGACCUUCUUUCUUCUGUGGAACACAACCAAAGCAUGGAUGUGUUUUUGUCCACACUAUGUCAGGUCAGUGUGGUCCAAAAUGUUCAAGCUCAGAAAAGGCUUGACGCAUACACGUUUGCAUGUUUUGGAUCCAAUUGACUUGCAUUGUAUGAUCAAAAACACAUGCAUCCUUCAAAGCAAUCUAUGUUUGUGUUCCGCAGAAGAAUGCAAGACAUAUGAGUUUGAGACAGCAUAAGGGGAGUAAAUGAUGAGAGGAUUAUCUCUUUUUGGGGGGAUGUAUGAACUAUCCCUUUUAGCUGGUGUGCUGUAACUCUAGUCAAAAAUCUUGUUACGUUUCACUGUUCAGUCCUUAACAAAUUCAGUUCAAUUUGGCUCUUGUAUUUUUUUAUUAUUGUUGGCCAGUUAAUUUAGUUCAUCUCUAAUUAACCAGUCCCUAUCAGCCAGUAACCUACAUUAUCUAUUUUGCCCUAUUCCAGUUGAAGUCCAAAACAAGUCUUAGUUUAGUCAAAAUCCACAAGCGAUUGUCAGCUACUGUAUAUCGAUGAAAUAAAAGUCUCAAGUUAUUUGUCAA